AUGCCGGACGCGAGUGUGGUGUGUCGGCAGCUGAGCUGCGGCGCUGCACUGAAAGCCUAUGCUGGUAGUCGCUAUGGGGAAGGAUCCGGACCUGUUUUCACGACAAACUUUCAGUGCAGUGGGAGCGAGGCCGCUCUUCAGGAGUGUAAAUCAGAUCCAUGGGGUGACACGGGCUAUUCACACAGUCGUGACGCUGCUGUUGUUUGUAAAGAAAGUAGGAAGGUGAGACUGGAAAAAGGAGGCAGUCCAUGCACCGGAAGACUGGAAGUGAACCAUGAGGGAUACUGGAGACCUGUCUAUGCUUUGGGCUGGGAUAUGAAGGAUGCAACUGUGGUGUGCAGAGAGUUGAGCUGCGGCGCCGCGCUGAAAGCCCCAAACGAAUAUCACUUUGGAAAGGUUUUUGACAGAGUUAUAACCUAUAAUGUUAACUGCGACGGCACUGAGGCUGCACUGCGGGAAUGUGAAUCAGCAGAAUGGAAUUUCUACACCCAUCCUCGGCCUGACUAUGCCGGAGUUAUCUGCGCAGGGAAUGAUGUAGCACGGCUCGUUGAUGGGGACAACAGAUGUUCCGGCCGGGUGGAAGUUCAGCACGGGGACCAGUGGGGAACACUUUGUGAUGAGUACUUCAGCUUGGAAGAUGCUGCCGUGGUCUGUGAACAGCUACAGUGUGGUGCAGUAAAUGCAACUCCCAGAGAUGCAUACUUUGGCACAGGAAACGGGCCAAUGUGGAAGGAUGACUACAUUUGUUUAGGCAAUGAGUCCCGAUUAGCUGAUUGUCAAGUCUCAGCGUGGAGUCAGAUCAGCUGUUCGCAUGGAGAUGACGCCAGCUUGAUCUGCACCGAUGACAUUUGGUCUCUGCGGCUGACCGAAGGGGGAAGCCGCUGCGACGGCCAGGUGGAGGUUUAUGAUAACGGCAGAUGGAGCAGAAUCCAGGAUAACUUCUGGAAUAACAAUGAAGCCAACGUUGUCUGUAAGCAACUGCGUUGCGGUGUGGCCACAUCCUCCUACAUCGCCUCGGGGCACAGAGGGAAAGAAGGGCCCGUCUGGGUGACCGACCUUCAGUGUGAAGGAAGCGAAUCGCAUCUCCAAAAUUGCAGGAGAUCCAUAUUGAAUCGGACUUCCUCCGACAUCAUUGGCGUCGGCGUCCUGUGUUCAGGCCACUUGCAGUUACGUCUCUCCGGAAGUGAAGAUUCAUGUGCUGGUCAGCUAGAGGUUUAUUACCGUGGAUCUUGGGGCCUGGUUUGUGAUGACUCCUGGGAUCUGGUUGACGCUAACGUGGUCUGCAGACAACUGGGUUGUGGACAUUCUUUGGAGGAUAAAACUCACGAUUACUGCGGAAGACGCUCUCUCCCAGUUUUGUUAGAUGAAGUGAGAUGCUCGGGUAACGAAACAUUUCUCUGGGAAUGUCCAUCAGCACCAUGGGGCGAACAUGACUGCAGUCAAAAAGAAGCUCUGACAUUAACAUGCUCUGAGCACAAAAAGCUGCGCCUACAGGACCAGGACGGAGGAAGUCGAUGCAGAGGAAGAAUUGAAGUGUGGUACAACGGGACGUGGGGAACAGUGUGCUCCACGGAUCUUGAUGCCAAAUCUGGAGAAGUGAUUUGCAAACAAAUGAAAUGUGGACCAAUAAAAUAUAUUUAUCCUGGCUCAUAUCAAUUUGGAAAAGGACUUGGACCUAUAUGGUUGGAUGAGAUUGAAUGUACAGCACACGAAUCGACCCUUUGGCAGUGUGAGUCACAACCGUGGGGAAAACACCAGUGUGACCAUUCGCAUGACGGAGGAGUUGUAUGUGAGGAAUCCAACAUGACGGAAGGAUUCACUGAAAAAGCCUGCUUGCAAGAAAACACAUUCUCCUCUUUCCCUUCAGAAGAUGUUCCAUUGCAACUUGUUGGCGGCAGUCACAGCUGCUCCGGAAGGCUUGAGGUACAAGUUAAUAAAAGUUGGGGCACGGUGUGUGACGACUCUUGGGAUCUGGCCGAUGCCAAUGUAGUCUGCAGACAACUAGGAUGUGGCCUUGCUCUCUGGCCUCCCGAAGAUGUUAACAUGACCCAGGGAGCCGCUGAUGUCUGGCUUGAUGAAGUAAAAUGCACCGGAAGUGAAUCGUUUCUGUCCAGCUGUCGUUCCUCACCAUUUGGUCAACACGACUGUGAUCACAAAGAAGAUGUCAUCGUUCUUUGUUCUGGUUCCAGAGUGUCUCCUACUGAACGCGACAAUUCAGCUUUAGGAAACUGGACCCCAUCUAUCAUGGUUACUGUCUGCAUAACUCUUGGAAUUAUAUUCAUCAUUGAGUUUUUAAUACUGUUCACGAUAACGUGGAGACGAUCAGCAAUCAGUGGUACACUAAUGAGUGGCCAAGGAUUACCUGUUGACUUUUACCAAGCAAUUUAUGAGGAAAUUGAAAAUAUUCCACCAUUCAAGAAUUUUUCUGAGAUGCAAGAUUCAGUUACUGGAUCCACUCAUUCCGUCAAUGAAGUCGAAUAUUACACCAACGACUAUAUAUAUAGUACAUGUCAUGCUCCACAAGACCCUGAAGAGCCCAAGUCCUAGAUUCGCUUGCAUCUGGCUUUCCGUGUUUUCUCUUCGACUGACAGUAACGAUGAAAUGAGCGACAACAGUUCAGGAAUUCCAAGUCACUUGCUGCUCGAAUGGUCAACGGUUAAUUCCCAUCCUUCACAUCAGCCCGAUGAAGACCGAAAAACAAACUGUGCCCCCUCUUGCUUGCACUUUCUAUACGUUAUUGUCUGUGAA